AUGAAAAAAAAUAAUGUUCUCGAAAUUCCGUUCAAAGAUGCCCCUCGAGGAGUUGAACUUGUGAAGGCGAAGAUUGAGGGUGCGGCGCCGCUACCGACUGAGCCACGCGGGCAAAGAGAAAGCGGACGCCCGAUCGCAUACAUAAAGGCGAGGACGACAGCUCAAGGACCACAAACUUUUAAACCUGCUCGGACUGCUUGA